AUGGUUGCACACUUGAACCGAUUCUUGCAUUCCGGCGCUGGACUGGAGAAGACAUUGCGUCUGAUUCAGUCCUUGGCUCAGAUCGCCGUGGUGUUUAGUGUGGGGAGCACUGCGGUGCGAUUCACAACUGCUAAAUUGCAAUUGGCGCUGACUCGGCGGUUCUUCCGUUUCUUCGGCUUCAUCGAGUCCUUCCAGCGGGUUUCUGGGUUGCUCAGUAAGGAUGGUAUGAGCUCGGUGCCUGGGUGGCUUGAUCUUGCCAAGUGGACCUGUUUUGGACUGUACUUUCUGCUUGAGGAUUUGACUAUUCUACAUGCCAUGGAUGUCUACCUCGUCCCCUGGGAACAGCGCGUCAUGAAGGAAGCAAACACCUUCUGGUUCUACGCUCUGUCCUUCUCUCUCGCUGGAUCUGUCUAUGCCCUGCUUUUCUCUUCGUCUGUAGAGUCGGCUUCCAAGGCAAAGGACCAGAAGACGAAGAAGAAUGGCACUAAGGCUGAAAAGGAGAAGGUUGAGACUGUUACCAAUGAGAAGGCUGAUGCCCCCAAGACGGCAGCUUUGGUGCGACAGAUUGUCGUGGAUGGCUGUGACUUAUUCCUUCCUGCUACGCUUCUUGGCUGGAUGCCUACGGGUGAUCUGGUGAUCGGCUUGACGAUGGUGCUGAGCACUGUCUUGACUGGUCGGGAGAUUUGGAAAAGAGUGUGA